AUGGCUCCACGUUUGCGUUCCUCAUCUGCUCCUCCUUCUCCUGGGCUCUUGGGCCCCCACCCCUCCUCAUCCUCUCAGCCGACCUUAAUCUCUCGGCCUGCUUCCCCUCUUCUCCAUGCAUUUUCUCCACCGGCCCCCUUCAUCCACCGCCUAGUCACUCAAAAAUCCCCUCCUUGCCUCUUGCCUCCAUCUUCUUCUUCUAUCUCUGAAGAUCUGAUUCCUGUCCUCCCCAUGGACAAGGUUGCUGUAAGUGCUCUGGCACCUGAUUCCCCUGCUCCCCGGUCCCAAUCGCUCUCCUGUCCGCCCAGCUCUGCAAGGUCGGAUAAGUUAGAUAGAGUGAAGGCCCGUAUCAGCUCGGGAAACCUGUUGGCCUCCAAAGAAGGAGGAAGUCCUCGAUGUGAUGUCAGACCCCCUCCGACAUCAAACUCGCCCGCUCCGGCAAAUUGGAGCAAGCAGCUUCUCGCCUCUCUCCGAAGUCUGCGGCGUAUGGGGGCCCCAGCGCUCCACGCGAAUGGCUCGCCUCUUGUCAGUAUCCCUGAGGAAUCCCUUUCGGAGACAAUCGAUGAAUGGCGGGAAUUCGUCAUUGGACAGUUUUAUGGGAUCCCUCCGUCGAUGGGGAGGAUAACCGGAGUUGCUAACGGACUUUGGUCCCGGAAAGGGCCUCGUAUCAAAGUCCAAGAUGUUGGUAACGGGACAUUCAUGUUUAAAGUGCCGAGUCAGGAGGUUAAGACUCAUAUCCUGAACCGCAAAUUUUGGUAUUUCGGUCCGUGCCCGAUGUUCGUAUCGCCAUGGAACCCGCACCACUGUCCGGAGAAACCUCCGAUGCACUCUGUCUCGACAUGGGUAUCAUUCUGUAACUUGCCUCAUCAAUUGUUCAACUCCGACAGCCUCAGUCGGAUAGCAACUUCCAUUGGAGAUCCACUCUACAUGGAUCGUGCCACAGCGGCUAAGGAAAACUUGUCUGUCGCCCGACUUGUGGCUUAUGAUUGGUUGCCGCCUACGUGUCCCUUAUGCUCCGACAUUGGCCAUAAUGCGCAUCAUUGUCCGAAACGUGUACGUCCUACUCGAGCUAGAGAAGGCCGCCCGAGAACAAGCAAAGAUCCUCCCCAUCUGCCAACCCAGGAACUUGUUAUCUCUUCACCCCCGGAGGUGCUGGAAAAUCAAUCUGUCUGUAGACAGGAUCCGCCAGCUGAACAAUCAUCGGCGAACAUAAGCCUGCUCAAAGAGGCCUCUUCUUUGCAAGCCCCGGAACAGUCCCCUGUCCAGGCUAUUCUAGCAACUGUCCACCCAACGGGUUGCCAGCCCUGCCCGCUGUCCCCUCAGCCUACUUCUGAAAGUGGAGAUGUUGUUGUCCCUGGAAGCACUUCCAACAAAGAAGUUGCUGCCCCUCCAAGCUCUCCCAACAAGGUUACUCAAGGCUGUCCAUCUAUCUCCCCAUCUACUAAGAAGGCUGGUUUAUCAAAAGCUAAGUCAAAAGCAUGGAAUGUUUCUUUCACAGCUACUUUUCUCUAUGCUAGCAACACUGGUGCCGAGAGGAGAGAACUAUGGGAGGAACUACGAGAUAUAUCCCAAUAUCCCCCUAUCCUUGAGUCAUCGUGGGUUGUAUUGGGAGACUAUAACCAGAUUCUGUCCGCCUCAGAACGAUCUGAUUACCCAGCAUAUGUGUGUCGUUCACAAGGUCUUGCUGAAUUUCAGGACUGCGUUUCAACAACUUGUCUAACAGACAUUCCAAGCAGAGGUCUCUCUCUCACAUGGUGUAAUUUCCACUAUCAAGACCCCUUGUCGGUUAAGCUUGACAGAGUGAUGGGAAAUGCCAAGUGGAUGGAGCGCUUCCCCGAGGUCAUGGCAGAAUUCAUAUGUCCAGGUCCUUCGGAUCACUCCCCGAGUGUCCUGUGUUCCCAGAGCCCGUGCCAGAGGCUUUAUAAGGCUCUUAAGGCACUCAAGCAACCACUCAGAGGAUUGAACUCGGCGGAAUUUUCUGAUCUAUCCCGAUGGGUCCAGUCUGUGAAGCAAGAACUGAAAAUCUGUCAAGCUAAGAUUCUGUCAGAGCCUUCUCCUACCCUUGUGGCCGAAGAGCGAUCAGUCAGGGAGAAAUGGCUACUACUGACAGCAGCAAAGGAGCGACUAUACCGGCAGAAAUCGAGGAUCACGUGGUUACGCCUUGGGGAUAGAAACACAUCUUACUUUCACAAGAUUGCAUCGGCUCGGGCUGCGCGAAACCACAUUCAUUUCCUAAUUGACUCAACAGGGCGCCGAUUGGAAACCUCAGAAUCUAUCAAGUCCCAUGCUGUUGAGUUAUUUACAGGCCUUGUUGGUACUAGCUCUGCACAAGUCUCUGUGCCAGACCGAGAGUGGCUCACUGAUUUAUUGGAAUUUUCCUGCCCAGCAGACAUUGUUGCCUCCUUGACCCGUAUGCCGACCCCGGAAGACAUAAAACAGACCCUCAUCGCAAUGCCAAAUAGCAAAGGUCCAGGGCUAGAUGGAUACCCGAAAGAAUUCUAUAUCGACACUUGGGACACGACUGGUGGUGAUCUCACGGCGGCAGUUACUGAAUUCUUUAGCACUGGCCAACUGUUGGGCCAAAUGAACGCUACAGCUAUUGCACUUGUUCCGAAGAAGCAUGAUGCAACCGCUUUCAUAAAAGGCAGGCUGAUGUUGGAAAAUACCCUUCUCGCAACGGAGCUAAUCCGGGACUAUAACCGCAGCUUGACAGCCAAGAGUGCUAUGUACAAGAUCGACAUACGUAAAGCAUUUGACACGCUUAACUGGGAUUUUCUCGUGCAAAUUCUAAAAGCUCUAAGACUACCGCCGGUAUUUAUAUAUUGGAUAAGAACCUGUGUGACCACUGCCAAGUUCUCAAUCUCGGUAAAUGGUGAACUAGCUGGUUAUUUCAAGGGUAGACGGGGACUAAGGCAGGGCGAACCUCUCUCUCCAUACCUUUUCAUACUCAUCAUGGAAGUGCUCUCUCGAAUGUUAGACCACGGGGCUGCAACCGGUACAUUCAGCUAUCACCCAAGAUGUUGUAAUCCGACCAUUACUCAUCUAGCCUUUGCGGAUGACGUAAUGAUAUUUUCAGAUGGUGACCUUGGAUCGUUGAGGGGCAUAAGUGGUAUUCUGGAAACAUUUUCGAAUUUCUCGGGUCUCUGUGUUAACCCGAUGAAGUCUGAACUCUACCUGGGUGGUUUUAGUGAGGAAGAGAGUAUGCUGGCUGCGGCUGAUGUCGGGGUACGCCUUGGUUCCCUCCCAGUCCGUUAUCUGGGAGUCCCACUUAGCCCUUGGCGUUUAACAAAGGAAGACUAUCUCCCGCUUAUGGAGAAAGUUAAGGGGAAGAUUGAGGCAUGGAGUACAAAAUUUUUGUCAUAUGCCGGCAAGGUCCAACUGGUCUCGUCAGUCGUCUAUGGCAUGGUAAACUCAUGGAACCAGGUAUUUGUCCUCCCAAAAUUCUUCCUUAAGUACAUUAACAACCUUUGCUCAACUUUCUUGUGGAAGUCCAACCAAUCCACUGCGCCAAAUUUCCGAGUGUCUUGGGAAGCAAUCUGCAAACCCCGAAAAGAAGGCGGGCUUGGCCUUCGUAGGCUAUCUGAACAUAACCAGGUAUACAGAUUGAAACUAAUCUGGUUAUUGUUUAGCAAAUUAGGGUCUCUAUGGGUCGCAUGGAUAUACUCAUACAUUUUCAAAAGGCGAGGUCCUAGACACCUCCGUGUUCCCUGCUAUGCAACUGUGCAAUCAGCUACUGAUGGGCAGAACUGGUCUCUGCUGGGUGUGAGAAGCGAUGCGACGCAAAAACUUCUUAUCUUCCUCGCAUCGACUAUCCCUCCAUCGGAUGAUAAAGGCGAAGACAAGCCAAUGUGGAAGAAGGACGUAUCUGAAUACGGUGAUAGAUUCUCUUCCAGCAAAACUUGGGCUCUCCUCCGGGAACCUGGCCCGACAGUGGAAUGGCACAGUACCGUUUGGUUCAAGGGGUCGAUACCGCGAUAUGCUUUCACAGUUUGGCAAGCUAUGCUCAACCGACUACCAACCAAAGACCGUCUUGCUAGAUGGGGAAUCCAGGUUAAUCCUCUAUGUUGUCUUUGUGAAAUUGAGAUGGAAACACACCAUCACUUGUUCUUUGAUUGUCGGUAUAGCUAUGGACUAUGGGGCUUUUUUGCUGAUCUUUGCUGGCUGACCCGCCGAGGGAUUUAA